AUGACAACCAAAUCAAAGAAUGAUUUACCAUCUCCAUCAUCUUUUGAACAUUUACCUGAUAUUGUUUCACAAACAAAUCUAACUACUGAUACUCUUUCAUUUCCAAUAACAACUACUAAUCAACAUGAUUCACGAACAUCAAUUGAUGUAAUACGAGAAAUGACUUGUUCAUCACUAUUACGACAAGAAUAUCCUAAUUUAACUGUACUGGAUGUUUAUGAUGAAGCGGCACUCAUUGGAAAAGAUUUUGAACGUAUUAUUGAAGCUUAUGGAACAGAAACAAUUCGUGAUCUUGUACCGAAAGUAAUUCGUAUACUUGAAUUACUUGAAUUACAAGCAGCGAAGAAUGAAAAAGAAACUGAUCGAUUAAUGGAAAUGAAAACACGUAUUGAACGUUUAGAAGCUGAAAAAAAUGAAACACGUGAACUGCGUGAUAAAUUUGAUCAAGAACUUGAACUUAUCGAAGAUCAAUGGCGAAAAGAAGCCGAUAAUCUUAUGGCAUUGGUUUCGAAAUUAGAAGAUGAAAAUCGAAGAUUACGUGAUGAAAUUCAACAUAAAAAUGCUUUAGAUGAUAAAUCCAAUAUGCCUAGUCCAAAAGAAACAAUUAGUCUUACUCGUGAAGAACUUCAAUGCAUUAAAAAUUUAACUGAUGAAAAUAUGAAAUUAAAACGAACUGUGAAAGUUAAAGAUAAAGAAUUAACACAAAAAACAUUUGAUAUGGAAGCGAUUCAAGGUCAACUUGAGCGUGUUUGUAAAUUAAAUUGUACAUUACGGCAAAAGAAUACAUUCUCUACUAAUCAAACUCAACGAUUAAUGGUUGAAAAAUUUGAUUUAGAAGUUCAACUUAAGGAAAAAGAAUAUUUUAUUAAUCAUAUGAAAGAUAGUGUUACGGAUGAACUUACUAGUCCAUCAUCACCGACUAAUCCAAUCAAUGAGUUAACAUCACUCGAAGCAAAUCAACCACGAUUUUCCCUACAAGAAUUACGACAAGUAUUAUGGGAACGAAAUGAUUUAAAAACUAAAUUAAUGGAAGUUGAAGAAGAAUUACGAUUAUUUAAAGAACAAGAAGAUGAUGAUGAUAAUAAUGGAGCUGUUGAAGGUCCAAUUCCAUUAGAACCAGAUGAAAAAUUAUACGGUGAAAAACAAGAUGAAUCGAAAAUUCGUCAAUUUGUAAAAUUUUGUCUAUUCUUUCCCAUUAUUGCUUGCUUUGCAAUUAUAUCAUUUUGUCUACGUUCAUUAUUUCCAAAAUUGAAGCAAUCGCCAUCAAUAAAACAUAAUAUUUCCAAUCAAUCAUUAACAUCAUCACCAACUGUUAAACAAUCUUAUUCUACAUUUUCUUCACCAUCUAUUGAAUCAAAUAUCUCAUCAACAUCAAAACGAUUUUCUGUUGAAAAUCUUUUUAGUAAUAAUCAAAAAACACCAAAAACAAAUAUUCCGAUACUUUCACCACCAUCAUCAACUCAAUAA